UAUUUCUUUCUCUUUUUCAAUUUUCCCUUUUUCUCACCUUUUCCUUGACCUCACUUGUGUUCUAAAUGUGGCAUAGAUAUAUAUAUAUCUAUAUAGAUAUAGAUAUAGAUAUAGAUAUGCCAAUCUCUUAAUUAAGAACAUAGGGUUUCCUGAUUCCCUACGAGAUAAAGAAGCUUAAAAACUGUGUUCAGAACUCAGAGGAUCAGAGAUGGUUCUCAGCUGAAGGCCUCCUCCUUGAGGACUAGUUUUCAUGAUACCAGAAGGUACCAUGCAAGUUUGCAAAGGAAGAGCAACCGAUAGUCCUACCUAGCUAUGAUGCCUAUGAACCACAACAGUAACCAGCAUAGCAUGCAUAUUUUUGACAGCAACUAACAGCUCUCUAAUUGUAUUGCAGGCCCUCUCAACAAGAGGGAACUCUUACCUGGAAACUAAGACAACCAGGCCUAGUAAGUCCAUGGAUCUUGGAGGAGAACCUAUAUCCCCUACCCAACUAAACUAGAACAAUCCAUAACUGCAUUCUAAAAUAGUGUCCUUCUACCCACAGAUGAGUGUAGUUCUUGCAACUCAUCAAGGGAACAGCUUUGUAACAGGUGGGCCUCAUUACAGAAAACUCCAGCCAUCGAAAUGUAGAGCUGUGAGACCCACUCCCACCUGAUGCAACUGUAACAAAGCCGCACCUCAAGUCUCGGAUUGUUGUAGAGGAGGAGGCAAAACAGUUCUAUGAGCCAGAGGAACAGGAUGUUUGCUAUGAAAUUGUGUCUCCUAAAAAUGUCAGGGAAGCUACAUCCAUGAAUUCACACCAACAUGGAUGCCUAAACAAGACCUGAACAAGGAGGCCAAUAAGAUACAUGCUAAUGAGGAAGGAGAAUGCCACAAGGCCUCUGCCCUAGACAAAAGCUACAGGCAACAAAAGAAUACAGAGAACAGGAGAAAUCGUCUUCCCCAGGGAAAAGCACACCAAUUGGUUACCCAAUACCAAGUGGUCAGCCCUGAAAACAUGCAUACAAGUAACAAUGUACGGACUGAGAAGGAUGCAUUUCUAUACUUAAGAACAUAUAAACACACAAAUAAAAAUAACAAGGGGAGAGAGGCCAUGAAAUUGAGAGGAGAGGGGUUAGAAGGAGAAAAAGGAGAAAAUUACAUAAUCUCAAAAAUAUAAGCAGAAAAUUUUAAAAUAACGUUUCCAAGAACUGAAGAAAAAAAUAACAAAAUGUAAUUCUCAUCAACUGUAACAGGAAAACCUGCAGGUAGGACAGUUUGCUAAGAAUGGAGCAUAAAUUAACUUUAAAAUGUCUGUUAGACAUAUAAGAUCACCAGUAAUAAAUACGAAGUUGGGUAUUCCAAUGUGGAGUUUAUGGGAGCCUAUGAUAAGAAUUUGGACAUCACUAGCAUAUAAGUAGCGGUUAGCCAUAUGAUGAACUGAGGAGAUCAAGAGAGUAGAUACCAAGAAUGGAAUUCCACAUACUGAGUGCUGAGUGCAAACAACUAAGACUGUGGAAGACUAUUGUCCAGAAUACCGAGGAAAUGCGUGUAGGUCAGUUUACGUUGCCCAUCUUUCCAUGCUCCUUUAUAAUCAUCUAUUAACCACAAAGGCUACACAGAAGGAACUGUUUGGGCCUAGCAGUAAUUUCUUUUUUUCUAUAGUUUGUCUCCUGCAACUCCUUAAAGCUUAACUACAAUAGUAACAAUAUCGUGGAAAGUUGCAGUUUUUAGAGGAUCCCAUCCUUCGACUACUUUUAGAUAGAUUCUAGGGAAAAUUGAGAGUGACAUCCACAGUUUAGUGUUCAAAAAUUAUAGCAUGACAAAAUCAGAAGUGAUCUCAGUAACUAGUAAACCAAACCACUUAUAUUGCUAUUAGUUUUUAUCAUCAUCAUUAGUUAAUUAUUAUUAUUAGUCUCGCUAUAUAGUCCUAAAUGACCUAGAGCUUGGGAUGUAAACCAGGUUGGCCUAGAACUUGUCCUGUUGGAAGAUGACAGGUGAGCGCAACCAAGCCCCCUCCGCCUCUUUUUUUAAAGCGACGCCAACGAAAAAAAAUAGUAUGUUUUCCGUUGUCAGUCCACGCAAAGCUCUGUGGAGAGGAUUGACGAAAAUAAAUAGUAAAUUUCUGCGCUGUCCUAUCGUCUUGUGCAAGGUGUGGCGGCUCAGGUUCCAGCGCAGCCUGUAUCACCAGUCAGGCGCGCCGCGGGCAGCCUAGAGGCCCAGCUGCGCCUGCGCGGGGUCCUUCUUCCGUCUGUCCUCUUCGUGGACAUGGCGGCCUCUAUGGCUCCGCGAUGUAGUUCUCUGUUGUGGGCAGGCGCUGCUUGGCUGCGUCAAAGAGGCAUCGGGGAAUUACUCCAGCCACGAAUUGAAAGAAGCACCCCGGGCCGUGACUUCAGUCUCUCUCAUUAUCAGAGCACGGUCAUCGUGGAGCGCUGGUGGAAGGUGCCGCUCGCCGGGGAGGGCCGUAAGCCGCGCCUGCACCGGCGUCACCGCGUGUAUAAGUUGGUGGAGGACACGAAACACCGGCCCAAAGACCACCUUGAGCUCAUCCUCACGCAGUCUGUGGACGAAAUUGGAGUGCGGGGUGAUCUGGUCUCAGUGAAGAAAUCUGUGGGUCGUAACAAGCUCCUUCCUCAGGGACUGGCUGUGUAUGCAUCCCCUGAAAAUAGGAAGCUGUUUGAAGAGGAGAAAUUGCUGAGACAAGAAGGAAAACUGGAGAAGAUACAGACAAAAGCAGGAGAGGCGACAGUGAAGUUUCUGAGAAGCUGUCGCCUAGAAGUGGGCAUGAAGAACAAUGUCAAAUGGGAACUGAACCCUGAAAUAGUAGCCCGCCAUUUCUUCAAGAAUCUUGGUGUUGUGGUUGCCCCACAUGCUCUGAGGCUGCCAGAGGACCCUAUCACUCGGUGGGGCGAGUACUGGUGUGAUGUGACAGUGCGUAUUUCCAGAAUUCUCUUUGGAUUGGGAGGAGAACCACAUGGAGAGCUGGCAAGGGUGAUGUGUUUUCUGCCUACUGAUCUCUGGCUAUUCCUGUUUUUAAUGUCUGUUCAGGUAAAUGGACUCGACACUGUGAGAGUUCCCAUGUCUGUGGUGCUCUUUCGGAAGCCCAAGACCAAAAGAUACAAGCACUGGUUAGCCCAGCAAGCUGCCAAGAUCACCAGCCCCGAGGCAGUCUGAAUGUCCUCCGUCUCCAAGGCCACAAAGCAGUCAGGGGAGCUUUGGAGCAGCGUGGGCCAGCGCUUGGAGCUGUCCCAUCUCUGCACACACGUGGAUCACAGAGAACAUGUGGACUCAGCACACUGAGCUGCACACUCGUGUUGGGUUCUCUGUGUCUAUCAUCACCUCCUUCAGUGGUCAUCGGAGCCGGCUGUGCUGCCGCACCCUGCAGACGGUAGAUUUAAUAAGCUAAACAUCAGUGACGAAACAGUCUUCCUGCUGCUGAGAGUGCGUGGACAGGGGCAGGGCCCAGCCACUGCUCUGACAAUUGCUUUAUUCUCAGCCAGCAAGUGUCUUGUGCAGAGUUAAAGAGCUGCUUAAAGACUUGAGUCGACUGUGGGCAGCGUGUCCAUAGUCUUGAGCCGUGGAGGUCUGAUACAAAGGAGGACAGUGUAGCUGUUCUCUGUGUCCCACAGUUGCCAUGAGCAGACCACUCUGAAUAUAACCAAUUAGUGCUCUUAGCACUUUCUCUCUCUCCAUGUGAGUGAUACAGGGGAUUCCAGUAAGAUCUGUUUAAGGCCUAAGGAGGAUUGACAGAGAAAGUGAAGCUGGGAUUAAAGAAGCUUAAAAGAAAAA